AGUUCUAAACCAAAUGAUUGAUCAGUUUAAUAAAGAUCAAAAACUUUAUUGUGGUCAGCGGGCAAAUAAACCUAAUCUUUUGGUGUUUAUUUGUAAAAAAGAAGAUUUGGAGAAAUUUGUGCAUGCAUACAAAGACUUCAAACAGAUAUGUGAGAAAUAUGAAGGUUCAAUGAAGCUUGUUUCAAGGUCGAAUUCCCUACCAAACCAAACUUCCGCAGGAAAUGCUCCAACACUAAAGCUAAAGACUACUGAUGCUCAAUCGGAUUCCUCUGGAAGUAAGAAAAAGAAUAAAAAUGCUGCAACAACAAAACAGAAUGCUGAUCAUUAUGAAGAUGAAGCCUGUAACGCAAAUGCUCCAACACUAAAGCUUAACAAAGCACCAAAGAAAACUGAUGCUAAAUCUGAUUCUUCUGAAAGUAAGAAAAAGAAUGGAAAUGAUACAACAACAAAACAGAAUGCUGAUCAUUAUGAAUAUGAAGCCUCUAUUGUUGCAGGGAGAACAAGUGUCGAAAAUGGUCAUGAAAACUAUGGCACGACUGGCAAUAACAGUGAAAAUACAAGAAGCAUGAUUUCCUCUGGAGAAUUUAAAGAAGACAAUGAACCAAAAAGAAAUGGUGGUGACAACAUUGAAGUAAACCAAGAAAAACACAGCAACUCAGAUUUAACCCCCAAAAAGGAUGGCAGCACUAAAACAAACCAAGAAAAGGACAACAACACUGAAACAAACCAAGUAGAAGUUGGCAACACUGAAUUAAACCAAGAAGAAGUUGGCAACACUAAAGUAAACCAAGAAAAACAUGGUAACACUAAAACAAACCAGGAGAAGGACGGCAACACUGAAACAAACCAAGAAAAACAUAGCAACUCAGAUUUAACCCCAAAAAAGAAUGGCAACACUGAAUCAAAUCAAGAAAAAGUUGGCAGCACUGAUUUGAAUAUAGAUAUAGUGGAUGGAGGAAAAUCAAACCUCAAUAAAAAAGUUGUGAAACCACAAUUGCCAGCAACAGUAGAUGAAAAUUUAAAAAAUGAUGAUUUUGCAUUGCAAAGUACAGAUGUGUUGAUGACAUUGAAUGAAUAUGAAGUUGGAGUCGUAACUUUCUGGGAAUCGUGUCAACAGUUGCCAUCUCUUUGGUCAAAACAUGAUGUUCAGCUCCUUUCUUCCAAGAAUGGAAAUCAAACCAUCAAAAUAUCCUCAAAGAAUGCGAUUGAAUUCAUGCAAGAAUUUCAGUCUCUUUACAAUGAUGCAAAACUUAAAAUGCAACAUAAAUUUGUGCAAGUUUCCAAAGAAUCGAAAAAAAUAAAGAAACAGUUGAAACUAUUAAAUGAUACGUGCAAACUGGCGCACUGUGCAUUUUAUUACGAUGCACCUAACUUAAUGGUGGUCAUGGGAUCAGAUAUUGCAAUGUUGGAUCACUGUCACAGUCAACUACAAAGUCAAAAAUACACAAAUGCAAAUCCAACUCAAAGUCUUGGCACCCAGGUUUCAUCUGAUAGCCAAGUUCCAAUUGUCUAUCCAAGUCAUUCAGGUAAAACAAUUCAAAGAGGCGAUAGUAAAGAUACAACAAAAUCUUAUGAACCCAACAACUAUUCCGAUUGUUCCAGUAAUGAUACUUCGAAUCCAAAACCAGUUGUGGUUCAACAAAACAAAGAAAGUAAAGUGGAGCCAACACAACAUAAACAACAAAAUGCAACAGAACUGCCAAGCAAUAUAAGUGUGCAUAGGGCUGUAGAGAAAGAGUAUACCGAUACCAUCACUGUGGAUAAAGAUGUUUAUAGCUACAUUCAACUUUCAAAGGCCAACCGUGUUAAGCAGAUAUGGGAGAGACAUCAGAUCAAGAUCAAAACAACAAAAGUUGGCCAAGAUAAUUUAUCCAUUGAGUUAACUUCUAAGUAUGAUGAAAGGAUUGUCCAAGCAAUUGAUGAAUUUCAAAGAUUAUACCAAGAUACCAUGGAUCAUAUACAACAAGCGAACAUAGAAUGUGAAUUUGAUUCACUUGAUGACAUUGAAAAAGCAGUUAAUGUUGUAAGAGCUAACAACAAAGAUGUGUUGGUCUGUCAAUCUUCUGAUAACAACCAUAGAGUUAUUAUGCUGUCAGAAGACAAGGAAGCUUUGAAAGCCAGUAAACGUGUUUUCCAAGAUUGCUUGAAUUCUAUAAGUGACAAACCCACCCAACUACCUAAACAACCAUCCUUAGCAAGUCGUGAUAAUUACAUAGAGGUUUUCAAGUUCGUUACUAAAGGUGGCAUCAGUGUAUCUGUUGGUAAUGGCAACAUAGCACUUCAAGAUGUAGAUGCAAUUGUCAAUGCUGCCAAUAAAUACAUUGAAAACGGUGCUGGAGUCACUGGAGCUAUAUUCAGGCAAGGGGGUUGGGAGUUUGAACAAGUGUGUCAGAAAGCAAUGAAGCGUAGGCAUCGACCGUUAGCUGUUGGAGAAGUGGUUUCUGUCAAGGCCGCCGGCCGCUUGCAAUGUAAAAAGGUUUUGCACCUGGUUGGACCUCAGUGGUACAAAUAUUCUAACAAACAAGAAGCAUAUCAGUUACUUGAAAGUGGUUUAUUAUCAGUGUUAGAGGAAUCUGAUUGUUGUGGUGUAUUCACACUUGCUCUUCCACCUGUAGCUACAGUUGUUUAUGGAACUCCACUCAAUGCCUUUGUGAUGGUCACAGUAGUUAUAAGUAUCAGAGUAACGCGCAACAAUCUCAGCAAAGCACCAGUCAAGUCACUGAAAAAAAAAGUUAUGCUGCAGCUGCCAAGUCUUCCUCACAUGAUACAAGAGCUGUGUCAAACAUAUAUGAAAAUAAAGUUCAAUUGAAACAACAAACAGAUGAAUGGAAAAUGACCGCUGAAAUCUUUCCCCAAACUGCAUCAACAGAGUACAUGUAUCAUUUACACAUCAGCAUUCCAUCUCUUCACUAUCAGGACAUGUACAGGAAAACAGCUUAUAUUCCCAAUGUGGAAGGAGCUCGUGAAGUAAUCAAAAGAAUUGGAAAACUUGUAAAGGCGAAAAAGUUGUUUCAGCUUAAAUAUUCAGCAGACCCAGUGUGUAGCUGCAAGCUUAAAAGUUUAGCAUUUAACAUGUUUGACAUUAAAGAAAACUACAUGGAGAAUUUACAAAAUGAAUUGUUAGAGUUGGAAAAGAAGGAAUAUCAGAAACCAACAGAAAAAGAUAGUGAAAAGGGAAAGAAUGGUAAAAAAGAGCAAGAGAAUGGGAAAGGUAAGGAGAGUAACACUGAAGAGGAUGAAAAAGAACAGUGUGCCAUUUGUUUGGAUGAUAUUAAUGGUUCAAAAAUAAAGACACUUCCAUGCAAACAUAAAUUUCAUGAAACUUGUGUCAACCAAGCAUUGAAGGUCAACAACCUUUGCCCAAUAUGUAAACAAGCUGUGGGGAAAGUAAAGGGCAACCAACCCAAUGGAACAAUGAGGGAUCGUAUUGACCAUAACACCCAUCUUCCUGGAUAUGAACGUUAUGGUGCUAUUGUGAUUGAUUACAAUUUUCCAAGUGGAAUACAAGGACGCGAACAUCCCAACCCUGGAGUACGAUAUACUGGUACAAGCAGGACAGCUUAUCUGCCAGAUAAUAGAGAAGGAAGGGAAGUGUUGAGAUUGCUGAAGAAAGCUUUUGAUGCUCGUUUAAUUUUCACAAUUGGAAGAUCAGUAACAACUGGAAUGGAAAACCAAGUUACAUGGAAUGAUAUUCAUCAUAAAACUAAUCCUUAUGGUGGUGCAACUGGGUUUGGAUAUCCAGAUCCUGAUUAUCUAAACAGAGUGAAAGAUGAACUUAAAGCAAAAGGAAUUCAAUAAAUUUGUCUGCUUGUUAUUUCUUAACAAAAUUUGUUGUUUAUUUUUCUAUCAAAAAAGUUCCGUAAUUUUAAGAUUAAUGUUCGUUUAUUCUUCAGUUGAAUAAAGCUGUCAACGUUCAACACUGGCAGUAGUGGACACGGUUUAUUCUUGUGGCUAAAAAAAUACAUUUUAUGUAAAUAUCCAAGGUAUUAUGUAAAGCCAUAUUCCCUUUCGUUAUUUUUUAUAUUAAGUUUUAAAAAUACUAAAUACAUGUGAAAUUCUGUGUUAAACAUUUUGAAUGAAUUAUUUGUUACCACAAUGUUAUAAUAAGAUCACUUAUUUGUAUUCUGCACUGAGUAUAUGUAUCAUAUUAUCUGUACAAAUGUUUUAAAUUUCUUUGACAAUUUUAUCUGAUAAUUAAUGGAUUAGAUUACUUUUGAUUUUAACUGAAGAUAUUUGUGUUUAAUUAUUUGAUUUUAAUAGUGGCAUUUUGUUUUAGA